GAUUUCCAAGAUGGCUGCUCGCGUUUGUAAACAUGCGACGGACGCUGCACGCUGAUUGUAUCUUCAGGGAUCCCAUAUAUGACACUUUUUUGGCUAACAAAUCUCGUGACAUCUCUUAGUUUGACAUUAAAUACCAGCUUGUGUUUGUUGUAUAACUUUAAUAUCGUUAGUGGGUGAUUUUCGUGUUUUGUGGAGGGACAGGUGUUGACAUUAUUGGAUCGGAGCUAACUAACAUAAGCCAGCCAGGCGAGAGGCAGCCAUGCCUGCUCAGACCAUAUUUGUUGGUUCUUUACCAGCUACAGCCUCAAAUGAACGUUUGACGGAGAUAUUUUCUGAAAUUGGACCAAUAAAGCAGUGCUUCGUGGUCCGAGAAAAAGGUAUUACAUUGUCUAACUCACUUUCUAAAAGCUUAUAUUGAAUUAAACUGGUGGGACACUUGAUUCAACGCAUUGAAGUGACAUUUUCUUCUCAUUUAGGCGCAGAGAAAUGUCGUGGAUUUGGCUAUGUGACAUAUUCAAUGGAGGAAGAUGCUCAGCGGGCUCUUAAAGAAAUCAAAGACUAUGAUGGGCAGAAGAUCCGUCUGUCAGUGGCCAAGAAAAAAUUAAGAGACAAAAGGAAAAGAGGUGCGUGUUAGACACAUAAUCAGACAGUAGCUGCUUUGACUGUUCUGGUACUGAUAACUUGCUCUGAAUCUUCAUUUAGCACCCCAAGAGCCUGCUGCACAGCCUAAAGAGAAAGAGCCUGGAGUCAAGGGCUUCAGGAAAAACUUGCUUAAGUCAAGACUCAUCAUUAGGAACCUUAGUUUCAAGGUAAAGUAUGUAACAUCAUUUUAAAGUGCAUCCACUGUCUCCUCUAAAUGUCACUGAAAAGUCCUCCAUCUCCGCUGUGAAAGCAGUUUAGCCAUGAUUUUUAAUAGAUCUUCUUGAUCUUGUUUUACAGUGCUCAGAGGAUGAUGUGAAACAAGUCUUUUCCCAGUUCGGAACAGUUAUUGAGUCCAAGAUCCCCCUCAAACCAGGUAGAAUUGAGUUCUUCUGGAGUGCUCAAAUGCGCUUAAACAAACUUAAUACUUGUGUGAAUCUUGAGUUAGUUGAUAACAUUUUUGAUGAUGUUUAUUUUUUGUUCUCUACACAGAUGGAAAAAUGCGAGGAUUUGCCUUCGUCCUUUUUAAAAGUGUGUCUGAGGCUGCAAGAGCGCUCGGUGCUAUGAACUUGAAGGAGAUUAAAGGUCUGUCAGGGAUACAUUUAGACUACAGAAAUAUUUACAGCUAAUUGUCAUGUACCACAUUACUGUUAAUUUACUGGUAUUGCUUUUUUCACAGGCCGACAGGUGGCAGUUGACUGGGCCGUUCCUAAAGACAAAUUUAUUGCCACACAGCAGUCGUCAGCUGCAGGUGAGUUUCCUCUUUGCACCACCAGCUCUCUGUGUCACCCAGAAGAUACUAGAAGAGACCAAAAUGUUGAACAUUAAAGUAACUUUUUAUGACCUGAUAGAAAAAAAGAGCGCAAAGGAGGAAACUACAGAGCAGUCAGACACAGAGGGUGACUCUGAAGAUGAGGAUGAAGAGGAAGAAAAGCCUCAAGCAGGAGGGAGUAAAAAGUGAGGAUCUCAGUUGUGUUUAUUUUUUUUCUUCCUGUUUAUAAACCUUUGGAUGAGACCAGUUUGGUUCAGAGGUUGAUUAUUCUGUAAAAAUUGUCCUUAGAGUCACUGCCAAAAAAGCUGUGCAGCAGGAAGAGGAAUCAGGAACCGAGUCAGAAGAAGAUGAAAGUGUGGACCAAGACAUGAAGAAGGAGGAGGAGGAGGAGGAGGAUGAGUCUCAGGAUGACGAUGAUGAGGAAGAAGAAGCAGAAGACGAUGAUGACGAUGAUGAUGAUGAUAAAGGGAGCCUGGAUUCAAGUGAUGAUCAAGAUGACAGUGAGGAAGAAGAUGAUGAUGAAGAUGAAACAAGUAUGAAUUUCCUGCUUAGUUUGAACAUUUUAUAAUACAUCAUAUUUUCAUUUUUUAAAAUGCUUUUUUAUUCUCCAUUUUUCACCUACAGCUAAAAAGAAAACUCAGAACAAACUUCUUCCAUCAGAUGUGAAUGAGGGAAGAACAGUUUUUAUCAGGUUUGCACUCCUCAUCAUUCUGAUUCUCUAACCUGAUUUCAUUUUCUUCUCGGCCUGAAUUGUUCAUUUUUCCAUCCUCAAAUGGUCUCUGUUAAUAGUCUUUGUUUUUCUCUCUCCGGUCUGAUACAGGAAUCUGUCCUUUGACACAGAGGAAGAAGGUCUAGAGGAAGUUCUUCUACGCUAUGGAGAGCUCAACUACAUAAAGAUUGUUAUCCACCCAGACACAGAGCAUUCAAAAGGUUAGUGUAUCAUACUUUGGUAUUAAGGCGUUUAACUGUAUGAGAAAGCAUGUUUGACCAUUUUGUGGUUUGUUGUUUUGUCAGGUGUUGCAUUUGCUCAAUUUAAGACAAAGGAGGCUGCAGACAGGUGCAUAGCUGCAGCACAGGACGAGGCAGAGGUCAGUUGCAGUUUUUUUCAUCUAAAGUUGACUAUUCUGAGAUUCUGUUGGAAUUCUGAUCUUUUAAAUAUUACAAUGUCUCCAGUCCUGAUUCGUGCAUCCAUUUAUUUGUUGCAGAGUGGUGGUGUCCGCGUGGACGGCAGAAAGCUGUUCAUUCUCGCUGCAGUGAGCAGAGAAGAUGCUGCCAAGCUGAAAGUGAACAAAGUCAAAGUCGAAACAGGCACAAGGAACCUGUAUCUUGCGAGGGAAGGAUGUGAGUAAACCUGUUUCGUGCUUUAUUUUCUUUCUCCUCCUAAAUUCACGUCUGUACAGUCACUAAACUCUUGAGGUAAUCAAGGCUUCUUGAUGACAGAAUGAACAGACACUUCACUAGUCCCUAAAUGUAACCUCGCUUCACGUGCAACAUUUCAGCUUUGAGUCAAAUGAAAAAGGAGAACUAGCUUAAUGAGCUGCGAAACUUUGUUAAAUCUGCCCAGAAAAGGUCCCUGUAGGCCUGUCACGAUAACAAAUUUUGCUGGACGAUAAUUGUGCUACAAAUUAUUGCCGAUAAACGAUAUUAUUGACACUGUUUUUUAAAUUAUAGAUAAUGAUAUUAAAUGGCAUAAUAAUGCGAGUACAUCGUGUCAAAAGUGAUAAACUUAAAUUUCACCCACGACGAAGACGUAACGUUGACGAGCUAAACAUAAAUCGGAGAUGACUAAAAUGUGACGAGACGAAAGUGCGUUUUCGUUGAUGGGAGGAGACGAAAAUGACGAACAGAGUUGCAAAACUCAGUCAGUUAAACGCUAAACAUAUAGGAGCAGCUUCAGUCCGCUCUGACAGCUCUCAUCAGCCUGCUGUGCUCCUCCAACACACAGACACACGCGCGCUCGCACACACACGUGGAGUUUUGUGGUUGACGAAAACAAAACUGGUUUAAAGCCGAAAUAUUCCCACACUUGGGCUGUUGCGUUCGGUUUAGACACCAAAGCUGUCGUGUUCAUUCUGUUUGCUUGCUUUUCACUCACGACGCUCACUUGCAGCACUGUAUCCAAAAGUCUGUGUCUGUGUGCCUGUGCGUGCCAGCCCCCUCGUGACAAAGACACUGAAUGACUGACAGGAGGGUUCACUAACUCCGUUCAUUCCGCUAUAGAGCCAACGCCCCCAGGUGCCGAGAAAAAUGCGCAGAGUGAGACCUCUUCUCUCAUCCAGCGUGUUUGGUAGCGAGAGAGGAGGAAAACAAACGCACGUCAAUUAUCGAGGCUGGCAAAAUGACCGACCUCGUUUUUAUUUACCGAGCGAUAAGGCGAUUUAUUGAUUAUCGCGACAGGCCUAGGUCCCUGUGAAACGGAAUUUGAGGUCUCACCUUGCAAGUUCUCAUGGUGACGUAAUGCCAAGGUCCUUAUAUUCAUGCAUGUGGUGUCAUCAUUCACCACUAAGGGUUCAGGUCUGAGAGUAAUAAUAAGGCUAGGCUAGAUUAGGGUUUUGUCAGGAAUAUUUACCUUGGCACAACUCUUGCGAAAAAGAAUUUAAAAACUGAUGGGAGUUCAUGUUAAAGCCUGUCGAUCAUCCAGCUGUCCACCUCCUGCAACUUACAGUCUCACAGAGUCACAGAUUUCUUCAAAACUAUGAAGGCCAUAUGACCAUGCUAAAGUUAAGAAAUAUUAUAAUUCUAAUCCAUGUUUUUGACUCAUUCUGUCUUGAGAACACCAGCUCUAAUUUUACACUGAAUGCUUUUUUUACUCCCUGCAGUGAUCCGAGCUGGUACCAAGGCUGCAGAGGGCGUUCCAGAGGCAGACAUGGUCAAAAGAACCAGAGUGAGUACAGAAAUUUGCUCUAGGAGAAAGGUUUUCACCAUGAAUAAAGAGUGCUUCAUUUUCUUUCCAUAUUCUUGAAAUGACUCUGCCUAUCGCUGUAUUCUCUGUUUCCCUCAGUUUGAAGAAAUCAAAAGGACCAAGCUCAAGAAUAUCAACGUGUUUGUGUCAAAGACUCGUCUGUGUGUCCAUAACCUGCCUAAGUCAGUGGACAAUAAAAAACUCAGAACCCUCUGCCUCCAAGCUUCUAAAGACAAAAAGGGUGUUCGCAUCAAGGAGGUAAGGGACACGCUGGCAAACGGGUAGUAAUGAUAUACGUUCAGCCGUGAAAAAUACGUCAGGAAGCAGCUUUCUGGGAGAAGUAGUAGGCCUUCAGAGAGUAAAAUAUAACGUGUGCUUGUGCCCAGUAGAGAGGGUGUUAUGUUCCAGUCAGUUUGUAUGUGACUCUGUCUCUUUUCUAGUGUCGAGUGAUGUACGAUAAGAAGCCAGAGAAGGGUCAGGUGAUGGGACAGUCGUUAGGUUACGGCUUUGUUGAGUUCCAGGAGCAUGAACAUGCGCUUGCUACACUCCGCUACCUCAACAACAACCCUAACAUCUUUUGCCCAAACAAGGUAAGUUAUAACAUAAAAGAAAAUAGACGCCAAAAGUCGAAUUCUGUGUUCUUGAUGUAUGAUUAAUCCUGCAUUGUACUGUGUGUCGCCCUGCAGAGACCUAUUGUGGAGUUCUCCUUGGAGGACUCAAAAAAACUCAAAAUAAAAGAGUUACGACAACAAAAAAGCCAGGUAUGUUAGUGUCAGUGUGAUCCUGAUCUCUAAUCCUGAUCUAAUUUCAAAAGGUGGUUAUACUACAUGCAGAAUAACUCUGUUUUGAUAUUCUCAGGUUUUCAGAAAGCAGCCUUUUAAAGGGGGAGCCAAUCCUCAAUCCCAUCAAUCCCAGACAGGUAGAGGUGGAAAUAAAGCACCUGCAGAGCAAACAGACAGGCAGAGAAGUAUGACAUUGUUAUCCCUCUCAUUGUUUUUUCGUUUGCACCAAUUUGUUAGACAGUCGAAUUAUGUGAGAAUUAACAAGAUGUAGUUUUGAAUUUUGCUGUUACCACGAGUGUUUCUCUUAUCCUUGAUGUUAUCUCUCACUUUGUGCAUUUAUCAGCUUACCCUCAGCCCCGGCGGCAGGACGGACGCUAUUCAGGCUUCCAGACUAAUCCUGAGGUUGAGCAUGUCGAUCUUCAGAACGGAAAAAAACGAAAGAAAGUGUUACCGUUUCCCUCCCACCGAGGACCCAAGAUUAGGUAUGGUGUCCUUUUCCUCACUUCACUUCUGUUUACAAAAACACGCCAUCGCUCAGAGUGAAUCUCUAGAGCAGCGGUGAUUUGAAUUUGACAUUUUAAAGGUUUUCAUUGACAUGUCCUGGAAAAAUUCCCAUAAGAGCGGUGUAAUCAACUUAUUUUUACCUGCGUCUUUUUCAGGAUGCGUGAUCGAGGAAAACAAAAGGCCCCACCUCCCAACAAAGGAAGACCAGGACCCAACAGGAAAGAGCAUCAAAGACGACAGAUGGAAAAGCCCACACAGUCCAGAAACCAGGUGAACACAUGUUAUGUUGUAUUCCUCUUUGCAACCUUUGUUCCUGCUCACAGAUCACUUUUGUCCAGUAGAGGUGCUGAGGCUGAAGCCAGUUCAGAGUGGACUCUAAUCAUGACCUUUUUAAGAACCUUUUUUUUCUACAGGCAAGGGUUGCCAAAGAGCUGAGUCAUUACGUCACUGCACACGUCAGUGAUAACAUCACUUAUUUACCAGAAAGCUGCUUUAGACUUUACACACACAUGAUGCCAUAUUGGUCCAAAAAGCAUCAAUUACAGCCUCCUCCUAACUGAAGUAUAGAGAACUUUACACCAGACUGAAUGACAGCAGACACGCAGAGGACUGCUCUGCUUGUGCUGGCUUUAUACAUGAAAAUGAUGGUUGAAACGACAGUGAAAACUUAAGUCUUUUCUGUCACCUAUGAGAUUUUAUACAGGCUGGUAUUUGCUUAAGAAAAACAAGUAAAACACAGAGUGACGUGUUUAAACAUCUCCAUACUCCUACAUGUCCAGGAACACUGAUACUAAAAAAGGAAACUAAUAAGGUUAACAAGCACUCUUAAAGACUGUGGAUGAGUGUGGUAUAAUGGCUCCAUUUGUAUUGUCAUCAUGCAAACCUUCUUUGUGAAACAGACUCCAGUGCAGCUGUGUUUAAAGUUGAAGCGUGAAUCCCACUGCACAUAGCAGACUGAAGUGUAACCCAUUCCCAGUCUCACAAUUCGCUGUGGUUACCAGUCUCUGUCAGUUGUGCUUCCUAGUUUAGUGACCUCUCUAUGAGCUCCUGUGUCACGCCUGAUGACUUUUGUCCUUUUGUUGUUUUGCACAAGGUCAAACAAGCACAAAGGCAUUUCAGAAAGAGGGACGGGGACCGCUUUGACAACCUGGUGGAGCAGUACAAGAGGAAACUGAUGGGCAGCAGCGACAAGAACGCCGGCAUGAAAAGGAAUAAGUGGUUUGAUGCGUAAUGCUGUGCGUGGUUGUUAUUUCAAGUGUGACUGAAAGUGUGUACGAGUGUAUGUGUGUGUGUGCGCGUGCUCAAGAAACCCUUUUUAUCUGACCCCCUGAAGUUUUAAAAGAAGCAAAGCAGAGCUCAUCGACCAGAUUCAUGUCAGAUUGAAGAGUUCAUUCUUAAACUUCCCAGAGUUUCUGCUUCUCUGUUAUCAAUGUUUGUUUUUUACAACCAUGAGAAACUGAAUAAUCUGACUUUAAAUACAUUUUUUGUGUAUUAGUCCUGCCAUGAAAUUAUUCAUAAACCUUGAAUUUGUGUUGUCUUGUAAAUCCUUCCAUAUUUGUAUUAAACCCAUAUGUGUUUGAUUCAUAUACUAGUCAUUUAGUUAAGGAAGUUGCCACACUGUCCACUUUCCACAUACAGGAGUUAAUCAUAAACUCUGUAUAAACAACAACAAUAACUCCCACUCAUGAACUCUGAAUGUACAAGCAUACCAAGAGACUAACACACUCAGACAUGGAAAUGAAGUGAUAUUUUGACCUACUAGACAGACUCACACAUCUCAUCUUUUUUGUAUCAAAUAUUUAUUCAGUUUACAACAAGAAAUAAAACUCACAAUAAACUGUACAGAAAUA